CAGCCCUGAGUCGUUAGCUGAGGCAGACCCUUCUGCCUUCUUUCCUUGGAGGGCAGCAGGGGUUCCAGGUUUUUGGGGACUUGGGCUGUCUUUGCUGUUCCCCUCUGGGACAGAGACUGCGACUGGGUGUGAGUGCAGACACCUCAGAGCCGAGAAGUUUCACUUUCUUUUUUUCUCCUGAAGAGGUUCUCUCUGGGUUUCCCAGAGGCUCAGAGAGGGUUCACCCUGCCCAGAGCCAAGUUCAAGGCGCCUUAGCCUGUGUAGGGGAUGGCAGGAGGAGACAGUGGACUCGGCAACAGGACAAUCACAGAGGACCAGAAUGAAGAGGAAUCAGCUAGCUAUCAGCUCAUGUACAAACACUUCAAAGAAAAUAAGGUGGAAAUUGCAAGCGCCAUUACAAAGCCAUAUCCUUUUUUUAUGAGCCUCCGAGACCAUGGCUUCAUUUCUGAGGAGAUGUUUCAGGAUUGUCAAAAACGUUGUAAGAACCUGAUCUCAGUGGACAGUGUGGUGUACGACAUCCUCCAUGAUGUACAAGAGCGGUUCAGCCUGGAGCUUCUGAGAGUGAUAUUCAGCAAAACACACCUGAAGGCCUACCCAGAACUAGAGGAGACUCUACGAAACUUCUUCCCAAAUGUAUCUGACAAUCACAGGACUUUUCAGAGGAUAAAUGGAAGAGAUGCUGAAGAGAGGCACAGACUGCUGGCAGCCUUUAGGGAAGCAUCCUGUAGCAUUGGAAAGUAUCAGAUCAAUGAUGAACAAGCAGAGGUGUUGGCCAGAUUGCCACAAUGCAGCAGAGGAGAAAAAAGUAGAUCAUCUUGUGAGAAAAUGUCUGAUGGGCAAGGGCCCCAGCAUGACUUGUCCUCACCACCAAGACUUGAAGCAGCAUCCUGUAGCAAUGGAAAGUAUCAGAUCAAUGAUGAACAAGCAGAGGAGUUGGCCAGACUGCCACAAUGCAGCAGAGGAGAAGAAAGUAGAUCAUCUUGUGAGAAAAUGUCUGAUGGGCAAGAGCCCCAGCAUGACUUGUCCUCACCACCAAGACUUGAAGCAGGAGCAGCACCAUCCACAAGUGAAAAGACUUGUUCCUGUGUCAUGUGUUCCCCAACAUAUGUGGCAGAAGACCAGGAAGCAAGUAUGGGAAGCAGCCAAGAAGAAGCUAUGGACACUAGGAACAACAUUACUGUAGGAGAAUCCAGGAAGAGGAGAGGAAGAAAGAAAGGCCACAACCAAUCAACACGAAAACGGAGGAGGCCACUAACUCUAGGCCCACAAAGUGGCAGCAGAGCUGGUGGCCAGGCAGCUACCAGGAGAAAGAAAAGGAAAAGGACUCCAGGAUGCUCUGUCCAGACCAGGGUUCUAAGAAGGCGCAGAAAUGAAACUGCAGAUUUCAGUGCUGAGUUGCUUCCUGUGACAUGUGGUAACUUGAAAGGAACAUUAUACAAGGAUAAAUUCAAGCAAGGGACCUCUGUGAUGUCCAUACAAUGUGAGGAUGGAAACUGGUUCACGCCCCAAGAAUUUGAAAUUAUGGGAGGCCAUGGAAGAGCAAAGAACUGGAAAUUGAGUCUGCGCUGUUAUAACUGGCCCCUGAAAUUUCUGAUCAAGAGAAACUUUCUACCCAGUCCUCCACGAAAAUAUGCCAGGAAAAAAAAGCAGGGAACACAGAAUUUGUAUCAUUCCCAAGCUGACCCGUGUAUGGAGAACUCAGAUGAGUGUGAGGUGUGUCGGGAAGUAGGAAUGCUCUUCUGCUGUGAUACUUGUCCCAGAGCCUUCCAUGAAGAGUGUCACAUCCCAGCGGUGGAUGCUGAGAUAACACCGUGGAGUUGCGUCUUCUGUAGGACUCAGUCCUUAGGAAGCCAAGAGAGUCGUCCAGAGUCUGAGAUCCUGCAGAGGCAGAUGGUGCCCCAGGAACAGUUGAAGUGUGAGUUUGUUCUCUUGAGAGUCUAUUGCUGUCCUGAGAGCUCCUUUUUUUCCAAGAUGCCAUAUUAUUGUUAUGACCGGGUUGUGCUUGUGCAGGAACCUAUGUGGUUGGACAUCAUUAAGAAGAAGCUGAGUCAGCAGGCCUAUUCCAAAGUGAAACAGUUUGUGCAAGACAUGAGGCUCAUCUUCCACAAUCACAGAACCACAUUCAAGGAACCCAAGUUUGGCCAAAUGGGUCUUCAACUGGAGUCCAAGUUUGAGAAGACUUUCAAGGAAGUGUUUGCUAUAGGAAACAAGUGAAAACAGUUGACUGCCAUCACAGAUGCUGCUGGUGUCCUGGUCCAAUCUGCUCUUCUGGCCAUGUCUUCCCACCUGCAUUGGCAAUGAUUAUUUGCUACCAAUCCGUCAUCCCCUGGAGGAUUGCUCUGGCUCAUAUGGAGACAGGUGUUGCUGGUAGUUACACCUCCUGGACUUGGGGUCCAUCCCCUGCCUUCAGCUGGAACCAAGGGUGUGGUACAUUGCUGCUUGAACCUCUCUGCUGCUGCAUUAGCUUCCCCGCCCUUCUUUCCUUGUCGCCAACUCCUGAGAACAAUCCCCAAUAAACCACAACCU